AUGGAACUUUCAAGUUCUGUCUUGAUAAUGGCACUAGUCUUACUUACAGUGGUCUGUGGGGAAUUGCAACUUGUUGGAUCAGUUGAUUUUUCCACUCAUCUCACUCACUCUAAGGCAAAAGCCAAUGUGAGCAUCACAUUGUUAUUGGAUGCAGUUGAAAAAGGAGCUGUUUGUUUGGAUGGAAGCCCACCGUCUUACUACUUAGACAGAGGAGUUGGUUCAGGCUCAAAUAAGUGGGUCAUUGAUAUAGAGGGUGGAGGAUGGUGUAACAACAGAAAAACAUGUCGUUUACGUGCGAAAACAAGGCGUGGUUCAUCUACUGUCUUGCCAAAGGAAAAAACAUUUUCAGGAAUUUUAAGCUCUGUUCAGUCAGAAAAUCCAGAUUUCUAUAAUUGGAAUCGAGUGAAAGUCUCCUACUGUGAUGGGUCAUCAUUCACAGGAGAUGUAAAAGAAGUAAAUCAGACCACUGGCUACGUCUAUUUCAGAGGGCAGAGGAUUUGGCAAGCUGUUAUGGAAGAUCUCUUGGCAAAGGGAAUGUGUGAAGCAGAAGAGGCAUUACUUACAGGGUGCUCAGCAGGUGGAUUGACAACAAUCCUUCACUGCGAUGAAUUUAGGGCACUCCUACCAAUGAACACUAAAGUCAAGUGCUUGUCAGAUGCCGGAUUUUUUCUCAAUAUAGAAGAUGUUUCUGGACGAAAUUAUAUACGAGAUUUCUUCCAUCAGACCGUCACUUUGCACGGAUCAGCUAAAAAUCUUGAUCCAACCUGCACAUCUACAAUGAAUCCAGCCUUGUGUUUCUUUCCUCAGUAUAUAUUGAAAUCAAUAAAAACUCCACUUUUUAUUCUAAAUUCAGCAUACGACUAUUGGCAGGUUACUACUAGUCUCGUGUCAAAGGGGUCGGAUCCUAAUCAUGAAUGGGAUCUUUGCAAGAAAAAAAUUUCAGAUUGUGAUGCUGAACAAUUAGAUAAAUUACAAGAUUUUAGAAAUUUAAUGCUUCGUGCAGCAGAAGAAAUAAGGAGAUCAAAAGAGGGAGGACUUUUUAUCGAUUCAUGUUAUGUGCAUUGCCAAACUGGUUUACAAAACCUGUGGCAUGCAGAGAAUUCUCCAAAAUUAGGAUCAAAGUCACUUGCAGGAGCAGUUGCAGAUUGGUAUUUUGAUCGAAAUGUGAGCAAGCAUAUAGAUUGUCCAUAUCCGUGUCAUACAAAAUGCGAUCAAACUCUACAGAAAAGAGUUUUGUCAGAUUUCACGUAUUCUUUUAUGGAUCAAAUCUGA